CGAUGGAGGGGCAGACGGAGAAGGAGACAGAGAGGGAGGGGUACGUGAGCUGUAAUUGGACAGACUUCUCAGAGGGGGCUAGAGGAGGAUGGAGCACGAGGAGUUGAGAGAGAGAGAGAGAGAGAGAGAGAAGGAAGGAAAGAGAGAGAGAGAGAGAGAGAGAGAGACCAAGGGGAGUGAGGGUAUUUACUAAGUGUUUGGCAAAGAUUGCCUCCACAGUCAAGCACAGCCACGCAGAGUGACCAGGGUGAGGAGGGACUACCUUUCUCUGAUCAGCUGCCUCAGCUGUGUGUGUGUGUGUGUGUGCGUCCUGCGUCCUGCCUGAGGCUGUGUGAGUGACCAUGCGUCUGGCUGCUGUGCUGCUGCUGCUGCUGGGGACCCUGCUGGGCCUGGCUGCCCCCCAGCACAAUGACCCGUUCCUCUGGCUGGGCUCCCUGCGUAGCCGCGGCUACCCACUCGGGUCUCUCCAAGCCGACAACACGGGCGGCGAGUGCCCAGCCGAGUGCGACUGCCCGCCCACCUUCCCCGUGGCCAUGUACUGCGACAACCGCGGGAUGAAGUCUGUGCCCUUCGUGCCGUCGCGCAUGAAGUACGUGUACCUGCAGCACAACCAGAUCACCGCCGUCCCCGACGACGCCUUCGCCAACGCCACCAACCUGGUGUGGCUGAUGCUGCACGAGAACCACAUCGCCUCCGUGGGCAAGAAGGCCUUUGCCAAGAUGGCCAGCCUCGACCGCCUCUACCUGAACCACAACAACCUGAGCAAGGUGCCCGCCAACCUGCCAAGCUCUCUCCGAGACCUGCGCCUCGAACACAACAACAUCGCCAAGGUGCCGCCCAGCGCCUUCGCAGGCAUGGACAACCUCACCAUCCUCCUGCUCAACGACAACUCCAUCCAGGACAUGGGGGCAGCCUUGAAGGGGCUGAGCUCUCUUACGCUGCUGGACGUCAGCGGCAACCAGCUCAAGAAGGUUCCAGAGGGCCUUCCGGAGAUGCUGCACCAGCUCUACCUGGAGUCCAACGCCAUCGACUCCAUCCCCAACAACUUCCUGGGUCACUUCACCCAGCUGCAGUACGUGCGGAUGGCGCACAACCAGCUGACCGACAAGGGCAUCCCGGCCAACGUCUUCAACGUGAGCGGCCUGGUGGAGCUGGACCUGUCUUUUAACAAGCUGGAGCGCAUCCCAACCGUCAGCACCACCCUGGAGCACCUGUACCUGCAGGCCAAUCAGAUCAAAGAGUUUUCGCUGGGGAGUUUCUGCAGUGUUGUGGACGUGAUGAACUUUUCCAAGCUGAAGGUAUUGCGUCUGGACGGGAACGAGAUCAGCCUCCAAGAUGUCCCAACAGAGUCUGCUCUCUGUCUGCGCAUGGCUGCCGAAAUUGCCGUGUAAUUCCGCUUUUCUGCCACAUGAGGGCAGACAUGCUCCAUUUUUUUCCCCCUGCCUUCUUUGUCAAGAAAACUUCCUCUAUUUUGAGCUGGAAUAAUGCCCUGUUGUCCUGUCAAAUACUGCAGAGUCGUCUUGUGUUGGUGUACUGUAUAUUUCUAUUUUGUUUGAUAUUUGGUCGUCUCUGAGUGGAUGAUCUGUGCAUGUUAUUAUGUGUGUGUGAGUGUGUGUGUGUGUGUGUGUGUGUGUGUGUGUGCGUGGUUGUGUGUGUGUGUCUCUAUGUGUAUGCAUGUCUAUGUACCUGCUUCCUUGCAUUUACUUACUCUGAGAACAGUCUUGUGCCUGUUACGUCUGUGUUUAGGCGCUAACGCAUUUCAUGUUUUUUUAUUUGCUUGUUUGUUUGUUUGUUUAUAAUUACUCUCUGUCUCUCUACUGGUCUUAGCUACUCUGAGGGAAAGGGCCAGUUGUUUGCUUUAAGUGUUUGGGUUUACUUUUGGUGCAUUCCACCUGGACUCGAGUGUGUGUGAGCAAGCUCUGAAGUAGCAGUUGGUUGAACGAUGCUGUGAGUAUUUAUUCAGAGAGGGAUCCUUAGAGAGGCUGUUCUGUGUGUGUGUGUGUGUGUGUGUGUGUGUGUGUGUGUGUGUGUGUGUGUGUUUGUGUGUGUGUGUGUGUAUAAGUAGAGGAUAAGUAGAGGUAUGCUCUUCCUCUCUAACUGAACACACACAUUCCUACACUCUCAGCCUCUCUGACUGGUAAAUAAGCUGAGAUGUUUGUUUAUCCCAGUUACCCUCAGUAUCCUCUAUACUAACAAACAUGUCUAAGACGUCUCUCUCUCGAACGAGGUGAAAAGCUUACCUAUGGAAUUAUGAAAAUAUCCUAUUGGAAUUUUCACUGUUUUGAUUUCGUUGUCUGAGAAUAACUACACUGCAUGCAAAUCAUUAUAAAUUAUCUUGAAUGAACAGUUGUAUGGUCAUACAGAUGUAUAGGGACGCAAUAAUAAAAAGAGCUUGUGCUUGUUUUACUACAGAA